AUGCCGAAAAAGAAGGGACCCAAACGGGCUGCACUGACUGAAGAAGAACGGUUGCUUAUGAUGCAACAAAAACUGCUGGCUGAGGAGGAAAUGAAUAAGAAGAAGGAGGACAUGCUGAUCCAAUUUCUAAAGGACAAGUUGGCCAAGGAGGAACGCAACAGCGUUGUGAACAUGCAUAAGAUCAACUUGCAAUGGCGGACCGUUCUCCGCGAAGUCAAGGCCAGGGAACUGCGUAAAGACAUUGAGAUUCUCAGUCAGACAUUUGAACGUGUUGUAGAUUGCAAAGACAGUGUCAUUAAGUCCCUUGCUAAGGACCUAGCUGAAGCAGAAGCUCAGUACACCCAUGCCCUGCGCAGCCACUUACACAACAUAGAUCAACUGUUGAAACUCCAGAAUUGCCGUCUGGGCUAUUUAGAGGAGGAUUACCAGACAGAGCUGCAGGCGCUGCAGAAGGAGUUUGACGCAGAGAGGAAGUUAAUCAUAGCACAUCAUGAUGAGGAGGGCCGCUACCUGCAGGAUGUAUCGUUAGCUAUGGAGCAAAACUUUGCUGAAAAUGAAUACGAAGCCAGACUUGACUUCCAAAGUACACGAGAUGAUGUCAAGAAUAAGAACUUGGAGGAGAAACAUUACCUGCGCAUGCAGUUAGAAGGAAAAGUGGAAGAGCUGUGGAAGCGCUUUCAGCAGGCUUUACGUAACUACACAGAGGCCACAGAGGAUCGUAAAUUUGCUUUCGAAGGUCUCAAGGUCAGGGAUGAGAAGAGCACCAAGGAAAUAGACAUGCAGAUGAAGAAAUUGCAGAAGAUGCAGGAUCUCAUUAGCAGUCUGAAGAACAAGAUCACACUCCAUGCAAGGGAGAGCGAGGAACAAAAUCGGCAUGUCCGUGAUGAGAAGGAAGUGGUUUUGAAACAGCUGCAGAAGCUAAAGUACCAGAUGAACCGGGCAAGAGCUAAAGCCCGCAGCAAUCUGGCUAAGCUGACGAAGGAAAGCAGUGCGACUCUCAAGGCCUUGGAACAUGUGGUGGGAAAGGCAGAGCUGAUUCUGCGGCUGGCUGAAAUGUGCCGUAGGCUGGAGUCUGAGGAGGAGAAAGUGCUACCGUUUUACCCGAGCUCCCUGAACUGGGAAGAACAGAAAACCGUGGAUAAGGUGGCUUUGGAGAAACCGGUUGAACCGCUUGCUCAGAUGAUGCAGGACUACGUGGGUCUGGAGCGCUUCUGGCAAAGAUACAACAAGGUGAGGCUGGAACAGCUCUCACUAGAGCGGACUAAAGAAGUGCAGAUGCAAGACAACCUUAAGCUGAAGCAUCUGCUCAAGCAGUACUUGGAUGGCAUCUCAGUGAAUGAUGAAGUUCUGAGUCAGAUCAAUCCUCUGAUGAUAAUUAACCAGCCUUCAGCUGUCUCAGAUGGGUCCCAGCCAGUGCCUCCUAGAGAGUCCCAUGCCAGACGGCCCAUCUAUAAUAUCAUAGAGGCAGCACACGAAGUUUCACGUAUCCUCUGAAUCAGCACCUGGUGACUUCAGGGUGUUCUCUUCCAUUGUGUUAAUACAGCUGCUGGGCAUGAAGAGCCAGUCCAUUCCAGUUAAUGUGUGCGGGGCCCUUUUUAGAAACAUUUUUCUGCACACCAAACUGCCAUUAAACAGUUAAACAGCUGCUGCUGUGUCUUGCAGCUUUUUCUUCCCUGGCCAAGCCAACCCACAGAGGCCUGUACAUUGGAAGCUGAAGACACACCCACUGAGCAGUCCCCAUGCCUACGUGUAAGCUUUGAAACACACAUCUGUCUCUCAUUCUCCAAACAAAUACCUUUGCAGGGUGGAUGUUUUAUAAGUUUUUUUUCUUGCUGUCCCCUCUUCUUCCUUUCAAACCUGUUAUACAGUAUGUUUAAAAUUCUCCUUUCAACAGCUUGGAACAAUCUACAUGAGAAAGUGGGAGGUAGGCUCCAUGGAUGGAAACUCCACUAAGCUAUUAAAGAAAAACCAACAAAGACAUUAUUUUGACACCUUCACAACCAGGGCACAUAGCCUGUGAGCUGUUGGGAUGAUCUUUAUUCUAAGACUAUGCCUAUCCUACAAACGUACACUUGAUUUAUACCCAUGUAAUUGCUGUAGCCAUCUCAGCUACAGAGCAGUAAUAUCUUGAUGCUGAUGAAUCAGUUAUUAAUCUCCCACCAUUCUCAUAUUUCAUUCUCAAAAUUUCUUGGGAGAUGGAAUGGCCAUUAGACCAGUGUAAGUUUGGAGCGUAAUUGGGGUCAGGCUACCUGGUACCUUUAAAUGUUUUGGAUAAAUUCCUGUCAUUCCCAGGCAGUACAAAGAAUUGUUAAAUAUACCUGAGGAAUUGCUAACACAUUCCCUUAUUUUUAACCAUCUUAUAGUAUGAAUGUAUAAGUAAAAUCUAUACUAUAAAGGCAUAUGAUUAAUGGAUGCCCCUCACAGUGACCACCUCUUGUAUUAACAUGUUUAAGUCAACUCUUUAUGUAAAAAGCACUAAAAAUCACUCUUCUGUAUGAUUUACUUGAUUAAAUCUUGUGCAAACUAUUAGAUUAGCCUUCAUUAGAUUAGAAAGUCUUCUUAGGAUGGUGAUUGGGUAGAAACAACUGUAGUUGUGGUCUCACAUCUAAAGGGCAACAAAAUGAGGAACAACAAACCAGAGGUUUGCACAAUGAUGGAAACUGGUUCCCCAUCCUUGGCCUUUUGUGCAAGAGCCAUAAUGGCUAAUUAAGUUGUGUAGAUACUGUGUGUGAGAGACAGAAAGACAGUGUGAGAAUUCCCCAGCCCCCACAUAUUCCACUGGAAAACAAUG